GAGCGCUGCGGGGCUUGAUAAACACUUGCCCAUCAGCGAUUACUGCUGCAGCAUGUACACGUCACUGGUAGCCGUGAUCGCGCUAGCAAGCUGCGUGGCAGCCGCCCCCGCGGAGGACGUGAUACCAAUAGUGAGCCAAAGUCAAGAGGGACCAAAUCCAGACGGCUCUUACAAAUGGAGCUACGAGUCUGGCAACGGGAUCAAAGCGCAAGAAGAGGGCCACCUGGAGAACGCGGGACAGGAGAACGAGGCGAUGAACGCGCAGGGUAGCUUCAGUUAUCCCAGCGACGACGGCCAACAGAUCUCGUUGACGUACGUCGCGAACGAGAAUGGUUUCCAACCGGAAGGCGCUCAUUUGCCCACCACGCCGGAAAUUCCUCCGUUGAUACAGAAAGCGCUGGAAUGGAUAGCCGCUCAUCCGAGCAAGGAAGACCAGAAUCAGGUGUAAAUGAUAGGACGUGCGUCGUCAGU